GUGACUAAUAAAAAGGCACACGUUGGCACCAUGUCGGCCGCGCCCAGCACGUCCAAGAUUGCAGUGUCGUCGUCGGCGUCGACGGUGCCCCGAUUAUUGGCGCCGACCAUCCACGUCAAGCUCUUUUCCGCGUCCGCCUUCGACAUUUGGUCGCUCGGCAUCGUGAUCGUGAUCGGUGGCCAGUACUUUUGCUGGAACGUCGGGCUCACGGCCGGCGUCUUGAGCAACGCCCUCGCGCUCUUCUUCAUGGGUACGGCGUACGUCUGCCUCAUCCUCAGCAUGGCCGAGAUGACAGCGACGCUGCCGUUCGCGGGUGGCGCGUACGGCCUCAGUCGAUGCUGCGUCGGGUACUUUUGCGGCUUUGUCAUUGGCUGCUGCGAAGCGCUCGAGUACAUUGCGUACGUGAGCAGCAGCGUGCUCACGCUCGGGCAGAUGCUGCAGGUCAUUUUUCCCGUAAUCUCAACCGACCAUUUACCGCUCGUAUGGCUCGCGAUCUACGUCCUCGCGAUCGUGGUUCACGUCAUCGGCGGACGGUUCUUUUGGAAUUUUACCCGCGUGCUUGCGGUCCUCUCGACCUUAAUUGUUGUCAUUUACCUUUUGGGGUCGCUGCCGGCUGUGAGCUACGCCGAGUACGGCGGCGGCGUCGACAAUCUCGUCGUCGGUGGGUUUGGCGAGUUCUUCACCAACAUGCCGCUGGCGGCGUGGUUUUUCGUCGGCAUUGAAUCCCUCAACACGCUGUGCAGCACGGUCGAGAACCCGAAGGAAGUGAUCCCGCGAGGCCAGAUCCCGUGUGUGCUCACACUGUUUGUCAGCGGUUUUGCCGUCUUUUUUGUGGCCGUGAGCUUGCCACCGGGAGCGAUCCUCCUCUCGAAUGUCCUCGCUGUCUUCAACCCAGGGUUCAUCCAGAUGUUUGGCAUGACCGCAGACAUUGCGAUGAUUCUCUCAAUCCCAGCAACAUUUGCGACCAUCUUUGGCUUUAUCUUGGCAUAUGCCAACAUUCUCUCGGCGCUGGCAAACUCGCGACUGCUGCCACUCUGGAUCGGCGCCAUCCACCCAAAGUUCCACACGCAAACGAACGCGCUCAUAAUUGGCUCGGUCAUGGGCUACAUCCUCUGCUUUUGCGUCACUUACAGCCCGACUUUGGGCAAAGAGCUCUUCAACAUUUGCAUGUUCUUUGGCUUUUCCUGCUACAUGGCGCAGUGUGCCGGGUAUCUCUACCUCAAGCGCGAGUUCGGUCACUUGCCGAGAAGCUUUACGAGUCCCGUUGGCAAACCCGGGGUUUACUACGCGGCCAUCGUGUGGAUCUUGAAUUGGAUCUCGAUCGUGGGCUGUCAGGAGAACGCCGCGUUCCUUCUUUCGGUCGUAAGCUCGAUUGUUACGGUACUCAUUGUCUAUUACCUCGGCUACGCCAAACACCGCCAAACCUUCUCAGACGACGAGCGCAAAAUUCUCUUCUUUGCCCACGUGUCAAAAAGUAACCAGCGCAAGCGUAAGAAGAAGGCACGUCAAAAGACACUUCCGCGCUGGGCCCUAGCCGUCCUGCGUGUGCUCGAGUGGUUCUGGCACAUUUGGAGCUUGCGAACUCACUCUCGGAGCGUCUCGACCACGGGCAACUCGGUGAAUACAACCAUCCAUCCGUGGCGCCAACGGUGGGCUUCGUUUCGGUUCCUUCAGCUUCUCCAGCCCAACCGUGUCGUGCACUUGACGCCGCGAAGCCAAGUCUCGUCGUAUGGACCGCCCGCAAACAUGCCCACUACCAACAUACCAGGCUUUCGUCCCGCCAAGCCAGCGGCGUCCACGAGGCUCUCGGCCCCCAAGGAGAACAACUUGCUUGUCGAAGAAUACAACUAAGUCGUCAGCGACGCUGAUACAUAUAUUGAGUGUCCUUUUCGCACAGUGCAA